AUGCCCGGAGGCGUCUGCGCUGUCCUCGACUACGAGGUUGACCACAUGGCCGAGUUCGUUGCCGAGAUGGCCACCCGUGUCGUCAUGCCUCUGUCGAGCACCGCCGUCACGUCCCCCUUCCGCAAGUUCGUUUCGCAGAUCCUCUCUUCGACGCGUCUGCCCAAGAGCACCAUUCUCCUUGGCAUGAACUACCUUGCGAAGCGCGUCAACACCCUCAAGCAGAACAACCCUGCCUACACGGUUCCUGAGGGUCAGGUCUGGCGCAUGUUGACAGUCUCGCUUCUGCUUGGCAGCAAGUUUCUGGACGACAACACCUUCCAGAACCGCUCCUGGUCUGAGGUGAGCGGCAUUCCCGUCGCCGAGCUCAACGCUCUGGAACAUGAGUGGCUGGAGCAGUCUGGCUGGCGUCUCUACGUCAACUUGGACUACAGCGAGGACUACAAGGCUUGGCUCACCAGCUGGGACGAGUGGAAGGUCCUCAAGGACCAGGCCACAGCUCGCGCCAACCGCGAGAGACUUGUCCCUGCCAUCGACACCAGCAUCAACAGAUACAGCGGUCGCACCGCUUACAACCACUUCGUUCAGCAGCAGGCAGCUGAAUACGAGCGCUACGAAGCCAUCAAGCGCAACGAGAUUGCCCACCAGCAGGCCUACAACUGGAACUGGCAGGCGGCACCGCUCACCCCCCCCGACUCGGGCUACGGCACACCCGAGUACAUCAACUCUGCCACGUCGGCCAACGCCCGAUACAACGAGUGGUUCUCUCAGGCGGCCGCUAAUGCCCAGUGGAACGGUCGCUACCAGCAGCCCUCUCACAACUACUACAACCGUCACAACCAGACUUACUCGGGCCACUACGGCUACAACCAAACCAUGUGGGAGCAUGGUGUUGCUGAGUGCAAUUGCGCCAACUGCGUCGGACCUGCUGUGAAGCCGCCCGGCUACUUCGCGCACCCCGGCUUCGGCCAGCCCGUCAUGGGCUGA